CUUAACUGUACUCCGUAAUCCCCGUAAGAGGCGGGGGAUCAGGACUACAGCCUGUUGGCCCACGCCGUCCAUUCCGCCAUUCCUGCUGAUUAAAGCAGGAAUUCCAGGCGGGCGCGGAGGAGAAGAUGGAAAGAGAAGGAAGAGAGUGACAGGAAGGCUGGAGGUGACAGAUUGGAAACAGGGGGCAAGAGUGUGGCCAGGAGGGGGGGGCAUGGCGGCUCAGACCUUUGAAAUACUUUCAAAGCAGCAGGAGGGCUGCGGACACUCUUGUUCCCCACAGUCGGACAGGACAGGGACAGAACUCGGUCACCGUGUAACCUUACGGAAGACUUGGUCUCGAUCCACCCACGCAAAAGUUGGCCGCCGGGAUCUGGGAGAGGAAGAUGACAGCACGCCCAUGGCCCUCAAGUUCUUCCCGCGCCACUCCACCUCGCUCACCUCCUUCCUGCGGGAGUACAACCUCUCGCUGUCCUACUGCACGCAUCCGUCCCUGACCCGGGCGCUGGGCAUCUUCUUCUCCACGCCGUCGCACUACGUCUUCGCCCAGCAGGCCGGUCUCCAUGGCGACCUGUACAGCGUCAUCGUGUCGGAGGUGGGACUGGAGGAGGAGCGGGUCCAGAGGGUGAUGGCGCAGCUGAGCGGCGCCGUGACCCACCUCCACUCCCUGGGCUUCGUGCACCGGGACAUCAAACCCGAGAACAUCUUCCUGUGCGACGGCUCGUGCCGCUGGGUCAAACUGGGCGACUUCGGCCUGACCCGCGCCGUCGGCUCCCGCGUCUACGCCGUCUGGUACGAGUCACCCUUCUGCACCCCCGAGGUGGCGCCCGCCAAGGCGCGGGAUGAGGCUAAGGCGGCGGGGGAGGAGGACCCGGAGCUCAUUUGGAUAACGGUGGAGACCUGCAUCGACAGCUGGGCUCUGGGGGUCCUCACCUACUGCCUGCUGACCGGCUGCUUCCCCUGGGAGGAGAGCACCGCCCACGACCCCAACUACAGACGCUACAAGGCCUGGUUCGAGCGCCAGGGCGACGGCGAGGGCGGCGGCGAGCAGGAGGCCGACUGCUACAGCGUCAUGAAGGAGAACCACAGGAACAACCCUCCUCCGUCGCAGUUCCACGCCCUCAGCCCGCUGGCCAUGGCGCUGCUCCGCCAGCUGCUCCACCCGGAGCCCCGGCGGCGAGGGACCCCCGAGGAGGUCCUCAGCUACCUGGGCGGACCCUGGCUGAUGGAGACGCAGUGGCAGGAGAGCAGGAGGGCGGAGGAGGCCGACAGGGAGGCCAGGAAAGUACGGGAGGCCGGCGCCGGAGUGCGGGAGGAGCUGGUGAGGGAGGCAAGGCGGGAGAGAUAAUAAUGCAUCGAAAUAUACUUGUUAAGCAAUAAUAAAACACUAAGAUACUAAUGCAUCAAAAUUUACUUGUUAAGCAAUUAUAAAACACUAAGAUAAUAAUGCAUUAAAAUAUACUUGUUAAGCAAUAAUAAGACACAAAGAUAAAAAUGCAUCAAAAUAUACUCGUUAAGCAAUAAUAAAACACUAAGAUAAUAAUGCAUUAAAAUAGUUAUUAAGCAUUAAUAAAACACUAAGAUAAUAAUGCAUUAAAAUGAAGUUAUUAGGCAUUAAUAAAACACUAAGAUAAUAAUGCAUUGAAAUAUACUUGUUAAGCAAUAACAAAAUACUAAGAUAAUAAUGUAUUAAAAUAUAGUUAUUAAGCAUUAAUACAAGAGUAAGAUAAUGCAUCAAAAUAUAUUUAUUGACUAUUAAUAUACAUUUAUUAAUACCUAAUAUAUAUAUAC